AGACACUCGAAAUCAAGCGCUAGGUUCCUGUCUUGCAAACUUCUCCAAGUCCACUGUCAAGUUGCUUCUCUCUAUCGAAGAAGGCACUACCACACUGGAGAUAUCUUAGUUGGAACUUCUGAUAUUUGAGGUAAUAAGUCAUGUCGGAGCCAUUCCUCAUCAAACACCGGUCAAGCGGGAAGUUUUUUCAUCCAUAUGGCGGAAAUAGCAACCCUGACGAUGGAACGGCUGUCGUUCUCCACAGUAGCAUACACGAACGCAUGCACUGGCGCUUCUGUAAAGUGACCAACAAAUGGGGCUACAUCGAGCACGUCGCCAGUGGAAAGUGUAUCCAUCCGCGAAGUGGCCAUAAAACGCUCGAGAACGAAACUGGUCUGGUUAUCCACAGCGACCGCCACAGUGGCGCACUCUUUGCUCUCGAUGGCAAGAACGAUCACAUUAUUCACAAGGCGGGCAUAUAUGCACAUCCACAAGGUGGAAGUCAUGACCCAGGUGAUAACAACACGGUCGUGCUCCACUCUAGCAUACACGAUCGCAUGCGCUUCCAGUUUGUGUCGCCAUACAACCCAAGUAAACAAGUCUGUGUGGACACGGAAUGCAAAUGCCAUUGCCAUGAUUAGUCACUGAAUCACGUGACUUCAACUACACUCAACGAGUCCGUGAUGCUUAUAAACAUUUUAACAUUUAUGUAUAGCUAUGUAUUCUCGCCUUGAUUCUUUAAUCAUACGCCUUUAUAAGCAAACAAAUUGAAACAACAGUAAUAUCAAUGAAAUUCUCUUUAAAAGAUAACGUAUAUAUAUAUAUAUUAGUAGUGACUUAAUUGGCACACAGAUUCUGUUAAUUUUAGUUUAUCAUUUUAUUUUUUAUUUCCAAAUCAAUUCCUUAUGAUUAUUCUACAGAAGCAGGGAGCCUGUGUUUUUCUUUCUUUAUAAUUUUUGGUGGGUUUUCUUUAUCUGAGUGUAUUUUGGAUGUGGCUUCAACUUUUGUGUAUACAAUUAAUGAAACAUGUGCAAAUCAUAUUAACGUCUAUAUUCAAUAAGGGCUGAUUCAUCUCUAUUAUCAAACAGAUUAGUUUUACAUUAAGGAUAGACCUUCUUCAGCACAUAGUGAAACCUGGUUUUCAGAAAUAAGAAACAUUUGUUAUGCAUAAAGGAUAGACCUUCUUCUGCACAUAGUGAAACCUGGUUUUCAGAAAUAAGAAACAUUUGUUAUGCAUAAAGGAUAGACCUUCUUCAGCACAUAGUGAAACCUGGUUAUCAGAAAUAAGAAACAUUUGUUAUGCAUAAAGGAUAGACCUUCUGUGUUAUAUAGAACAAUGCUUUCAUAAAGCUUUCAUGAAAAUUAAUCGUAUGAACUAGGUAUUGUUGCUUUUGUGUGUGUGUGUAUGUGAAUAAAUGCCUUAAAAUUUUGCU